AAUCAAAAUAAACAAUGUCUUUUAGCAAAGAUACAAAAUGCAACUUAGAAAAAUUUAGAUUUCCUGAAUGUGGACCUUGUGAGAUAGGCGAAUGGACAGACUUUUUGAUUAAGUCAAAAGAACAUUUUACAGAAAACUGGAACACACCAUUUAUACACCAAGAACAACUAUGUGACUUUGAACAGGUGACACUUUUAGGCAGUGGUGGUUUUGGUGAAGUUAUACUAAUAAAGCACAAAGAUAACACAGUGUAUUACGCUAUGAAAGCAAUAGAAAAAGAAAAAGUGGUAAAAUGUAAGGCAGUUAGUCAUAUAAAAAGUGAAAAACUCAUCCUUAAAUCUAUAAGCUUUCCCCUGGCAGUGUAUCUAAUAUAUAGCUUCAAAGACAAUAGCUACAUUUACAUGGUGAUGCCGUUUGUUGAAGGUGGUGAACUGUAUUCACAUCUUAAAGAUUUGGGGCAUUUUACUGAAAAUCAAGCAAAAUUUUUCAUGAGCCAGGUAAUUUUGGCUAUAGAAUAUCUUCACUACAUGGAUGUGAUUUACAGAGAUCUAAAACCGGAAAAUAUUUUAAUUGACCACACAGGAUACUUAAAGUUAACCGAUUUUGGACACAGCAAGCUUUUGACAGACAAACGAACAUAUACACUGUGUGGAACUCCUGAGUAUUUAGCUCCAGAAAUUAUAAUGUGUAAGCCCUAUGGAAAAGCCAUUGACUGGUGGGCUGUUGGUAUUUUAGCUUAUGAGUUUGUAGGAGGGAACUCUCCAUUUGCUGCAUAUGAUACAAUGACAACAUACGAGAGGAUUGUUUACCUCAAGUACAAGAUGCCAAGAUCCUUCAGUUCUGAGCUAAAAGAUCUUGUGAAGAACUUACUUCAAAGGGAUUUAACCAGACGGUAUGGAAAUUUAAAAAGAGGCGUUGAUGACAUCAAGUGUCAUAAGUGGUUUAAGACUAUCAAUUGGUUGGCGAUUCUAAAUAGGAGGGUUACUGCACCUUUCCAACCCAAAUGUGUAGACCCUUCUUGUAUUGAAAAUGCUAAGAGGUCUCAUUGGAAACUAAAAAAGAUAUCUUCUGAAAACCAAUUCCCUCAAGACUUUGAAGAUUUUUAAAUACCUUUUUAAAAAAACUAUAAAAAUGUAUUAUUAUUAUAGAAUUUAAAUAAGUAACAGCGAGGGACUCGUAUCUAUCUAUGGCCCCAAAAUGAUUUUUGGUAAAAUAGCAUGGCCAAUAUAAAAAUACUAUUAAACAUUAAGAAAGGAGAAGAAAUUAUUAGGCCAAUCACUCAAUAUUUAUGUUAUCUAUCCUUUCUAUCUACAGGUGCAAGUUUUUUCACUUCAUUUAUAAGGUCCAUCCUCUUAAUAAAUUUAAGAACUUGAACAGAUCUUUUCAUAAUGAUGAAUUUAUUCUAGGCUACU